AUGGUUGAAGCCCCGGUAUACAAUGCAUCCACUCCAACAGGCGGUGAUCCGCUCAAAGUCGACGUGAACUCCCAGUACGCCGGAGUGGAGUGGAACUAUACCUACAUCAUCCUCUGCGCCUUUAUAGUAUGGCUCAUUAUUCCUGGGAUCGGACUCCUCUACAGCGGUCUCGCGAGAAGAAAGUCCGCCCUUGCAUUGCUCUUCCAGUCAUUCAUGGUCGUCGCUGUGACAACCUUCCAGUGGAUGUUCUGGGGAUAUUCACUCACCUACGCCCGGGAUGCAAGCCCGUUCAUUGGGACGCUGAAGAACUUUGGGCUGAGAAAUGUGAUGGUGGCACCUUCGCCUGGGUCUGGAGAUUUGCCCGAAAUUGUGUUCUGCUUUUACCAGCUGCUAUUUUGCGCAUGCACAGUUAUGAUCGUCGUCGGCGGAGCAUUUGAACGAGGAAACAUCAUCCCUUCGCUGAUAUUCAGUUUCUGCUGGGCGACCGUGGUAUAUUGUCCACUAGCUUGUUGGACCUGGAACAGCAACGGGUGGCUAUAUAAUCUCCCCUCUUUGGAUUUUGCUGGCGGUGGCCCCGUUCACAUUGCAUCUGGAUGGUCGGCUUUGGCUUAUGCUUUUGUGCUUGGGAAAAGGAAGCACAUUGAUCAACCCUCCCAUGCAAAGCCUCACAACACCACGCUAGUCUUCCUGGGAACUGCAUUUAUCUGGUUCGGGUGGCUUGGGUUCAAUGGCGGCUCUACUCUCAACGCCAGCGUGCGUGCAAUGUUAGUAGUAUUCAACACCAACACAGCAGCCUGCGCUGGAGUGCUUGGAUGGGUAUUGAUAGACUACAUCAAGCAUCGCGGCAAAUUCUCGGUGGUAGGAGCUUGCGAAGGUGCGAUUGCGGGGCUAGUUGGCAUCACCCCAGCCGCGGGAUUUGUCUCCGUCUGGCUCGCGGCCGUCAUCGGGGUCAUCACGGGCGUGGUUUGCGCACUUCUCCAAGACAUCAACAAAUGGUUGCACAUCGACGAGGGGAUGGAUGUAUUCAAGCUUCACGGUAUCGGGGGUAUGGUUGGGGCCUUGUUGACAGGGAUUUUUGCCUCGGGGUCCAUCGCGGCUCUAGACGGGGUGACUGAGGCCGCGGGUGGCAUUGACGGGAACGGGGUCCAGGUGGGGAAACAAUUGGCGGAGGUUUGUGCGAUCUCCGCGUACGCAUUCACGGUCUCGUGUAUCUUGCUUUACAUUUUGAAGUUUAUCCCGGGGAUGCAGCUGCGCGUGCAUGAGGAGGCGGAAAUGGUUGGCUUAGACCGCGCGCAGUUUAUCGAUGAGCAGAUCGGGGAACGGGCGUUGUUGGACGAUCUUUGCGGGUCGGGUGGGAGCGUCUUGGGGGAGGUGGUUGGUCCAGACGCCAAGGAAUAG